UUUUUUUCAAUUAUCGAUCUCUGAGUAAUAUUCCCCAUUUCUCCUGGACUCAGAGGUUUUACACAAGUUAUCAGCAGUCAUAUUUUCUGUCCCAGAGUCAUUGCAGCCAUUGAACUGCAAGAGCUGGGUGCUGGAAAUGGGAAUAGUGAGAAAAGAUGUAGCCAUUUGUGAAAUUCUAGAAAGCAAAGGCAUUUCUCAAGAAGCCCCCACCUGUCACCUGAUGCACAGCAGAGCAGAUGACAUGCCCUUGGGUAGGGCAGUGUUGCUUUGACAAGAGCAAGACAAUGUCUGUGCUGAGUGCCUUUAUCACUUGAACUUUUCCUCAAAUGCUACAAAUGCUUCUGGGAAGUUGAUAAUGUUCGUGUUGGAGGGCACCAUGGUAACUUUGAAGACAUGAAGUGGCUUUCAAAACGCUGCCUGGGUCUACUGUGAGGACUGCCUUUGCCUUCACGGCUCCACUGAGUGGCUGAUGCUCAGAAAGAGCGUAAUUGUCCAUUUUACUGCAAGUGUAGUCCUUUAUUAAUCCAUACAAAGGUUACUCUUUCCCAAAUUCUCUGAUCUCACACUAUGUUCCAAGCAGACAUUAAUUUAGCUAACAGAGGUACAAAAUGCAGCAACAGAAGGUCAUCGUGACCUUUUUUGAUAAGCUGGAAUAAUGAUUAAACUACUGUGCAGAGGAUCCCUAAGAAAUAGUCAUCUGAAGCUUAAAAGUUCCAUUAAGGAGAAACAAUUUAAGUAGAAAAAAAUAUAUAUCCAUAUCCCUACCUGCAGACAUAAGGUACUUUGCAAAGUUAUUUGUCUACACAUGGAUCAUUGAGAAAAAUAUGCCUAAACUAUGUCAUUAAUACUUUCUUAGCUAUGUUCUUAUGUUGUUAUGAUUAAUAGGUUGUCUGAAAAUAAUUUUCUAAAAGACAAGGCUUUGCUGUGGAUGUAUAUUCAUUAUUAGUUAUGCCAAAUGCAUUUGGUUUUCCACACCUGUAGCCUACAGUGCCUUAAGGGGAGGGACCCUUGCCUUCAGAAAAUGCCACAGCUGUUUAGAAAAGAAAAACAAAUACAACAACCUGCUGACACAUUCCCCCUCGUGGUCCUCUGACAGGGCACAGAGUACCAAAGCAGUAAAGAAGCGUCUAAAGGGAGAUGCUCAUGCAGAGCAAACUGGCUUCUUGCUUCUGAGAUGCCAUGCACAGCACAUCCCAUCAUCAGAGAGGGAACUUUCAGGCCCUCUAUUCCACAACACCACCACAGAUGACUGUGAUAUUGUCUUUGUUCUCCAGGCUUGAUACUCUGCCCAGCUUCUCCAUCCAAAACUUAUUUUAUGGCGCUCAGAUCUCAGCACUCAACUGUUCUCCAUCCUGCUACAAUACUGUUUCCCAGGUGCCCUCUCCAUUGUUCUCCUCCACACAUCUCAUAACAUCACUGCUGUAUGGCACAGCCAGCCAUCUUGUGGGGAAAAGGCUUAUAAACAUCCUAUAGCCUAUACCAAAUUGAUAGCUAAGAGCUGCUUUACAUUUGAAAGCAAGUGAUAGUAGAGAAAUCAAUAUAACUAGAUUUUACCAGAAAUAGAGAGGUCACCUUAAGUGGGACCUUUUCCUUAAUUUUCUCUUUGCUCUGCCUUUUGUUUUUCUAGAGUGUGUGGCUCUCAGCAGUCACAGAUUUUGGUAGUAUAACACCUAAAACCCCAAAACAAUCACAGAUUGUUCAAAGAAAGUAUUCUCCCUAAAUUACAGCAAGUGUGGAAAAUGGCAGCAAUGAGCUGUAGAGAUCAAAGCAAAGAGCAAGGUGCUGAAAAGGCUAUUUUACCUUAAAACACACUGCCAGCUUUCACAUCCAAAGUUCAUGGUAGAGCCAUGGCAAACACACUGGCAGGACAAUCACAGAAUGGGUUGGGUUGGAAGGAAUCUUAAAUAUCAUGUAGUUCCAACCCCCCUGCCAUGGGUAGGGACACAUAUGAGUCCCCAGGAAAGCUUGAAAUAGCAGCAGCUCAACAUAUCAAACAACGCAGAGGGAAUGCAAACUAUAUGCAAACUAUACAGGGGAAUGCUCCUAGAAACUAGAACUGAAUAGCAAAAUGGGUCUUGAUGAGAGACACCUUACACAGUUUACAUUGUCACAUCUAAAUACCCAUAACUUACCAAAAUCAGACUUAUUUCACUCAUAACAAGUGAGAAUCUUGAUGGAAUUAAAUCCAUGGGAGUUUCUUGACAGGUUUUGGUACAGACACGGGAACUGCGGUAGCACACUUGGAAAGCGGAUGAAGAACAACCUUGGCAAUUUGUGACAGCACAUUACAUUGGGAUUCAGACAAGGAGUAGAACACAAUGUAAUGAAAAAGGCCCUACAGACAAGAAGUAAAAUGUAAUAAAAAAGGCCUUACACAGCCAAGAGUGCCAGAGGCUAUAACAAAUAUCAUUAAAUUAGAAACAUAAACAGUAGAACUGCUCAAGAUAGCAGUUUGCCAAGUAUUUGUGUUAAAGCUUUAAGAUAAGUACUGGGUGGCAAGUUACACUCUGAAAUCCAAGUAUUUGGCACCUUUCAAAAUACAUCCCUGAAAGUGCCACUCGCCUUGAAAGUCAGUCAAGCCUUGACAGGUAUUUUAAAAACAAUUUGAUUAUAUCUGACAUUUCUGCUGAAAGUUUCAUGAAAUUUAAACAUCUGAGCUUAAAACUUUGGUCUGCUGUGGUGUUUACUUUCCCAAGCCCAUCCUGGCUGCCUGCACUGGCUACAAAGACAGCACAGCUGCAGUAAGAGGUGAAGGGAUGGGGCAUUGGAGCAACUCUAAUUUUAUUUGGGGCAAAAUCAGAGAACAUUUACAGUAUGCAAGAAGAGGAAAGAAGGAAUGUUGGUUUUGGGGGGGGUGAACGGGGGGAGUGUGGGUGAGAGAGGGAGACUUGGGCCCUGAGUCACCCUGUCUAUAAUCCCCGUCACCAAACACUCAUUCAGUUAUCAGAAACAUUUCAGAGCCCUUGAGAUUAAUGGCUGGUGCCAUGUAAACAAAGCCUUAUAUUGGGAAGAACGAGUUACCAACAGGCCAGUGUGCAGCAGAAGACCAAGGCAGGCUCCUGUCCCUCAGUCUCAGCCACCCCAAAACAAAAUCCCAAGAUGGGCAAUAAUCUGAAAGCCAUACUUGCUUUUGUGCCCUCUAACAAGUGCCAGAAGUACCUCCUAGAAGACUUAGAAGAGAUGCCAGUGGAUAAAAUGGUGGAUCUGAGUGGCAGGCAGAUGAGGCGGCUGCCUGUGCACAUUUGCUCCUUUAGGGAACUGGUUAAACUGUACCUGAGUGACAACAAUCUGAACUAUCUGCCCCCCGAGCUGGAGCAGCUGCAAAACCUGCAGAUCUUGGCACUGGACUUCAACAACUUCAAAGCACUGCCCCUAGUUGUGUGCACGCUGAAGCAGCUGUGCAUCCUCUACCUGGGCAACAACAAGCUCUGCAGCCUGCCCCUCGAACUCCGACUCCUGCAGAACCUCAAGACCCUGUGGAUCGAGUCCAACUGCCUGCAGUACCUGCCUGAAGUGGUGUGUGAGCUCAGCCUGCUCAAGACCCUGCAUGCUGGCUCCAACGCCCUGCGGUGCCUCCCUCCCCAGCUGCAGUGCCUGCAGGAGUUGCGCACCAUCUGGCUGUCAGGGAACCUGCUCUCAGAGUUCCCUCCCGUGCUCCUGGACAUGCCCUUCCUGGAGGUGAUCGACGUGGAUCGCAAUUCCAUCCGGUUCUUCCCCAGUCUUGCCCACCUCCCUGGCCUGAAGCUGGUGAUCUAUGACCACAACCCCUGCAGGAACGCACCCAAAGUGGCCAGAGGGGUGCGCAGGGUGGGCAGAUGGUCAGAGGAGACCCCCGAGCCCCGCAAGCGCUCUGGGGCGGUGAUAGAAAUCACGCCGGACGAGAAACCAUUGCUACCUCCUGCCGCCAAGAUGGAGCCAGAAGCCGAGCCCUGCUGAUGCUCAACUGCCCCUUUUGGCCAAGGUGGCAGCACACUCCCACCACUGCCCAACCUCUACCUCUCCCUCGCUUGCUGGUGUCCAGGGAGCACCACACCACCUGGCAGCCAGCAGGAGUACAUGCACCAGCUUGGAGAUAGUGUGACAGCAAACUCUUGUAAAGACACCCAUCUUUGUGCAGCACCCAGCACUCUCCCUAGAACAGACUUCUUCUCCCUCCUGCUCCUCCUGUGCUGGGAUGACACAGUUCACAAUACAGAUGAAGACCCAGUUUAGAUGUUUGCCAUGGGUGGAUUGCAUGGAGCACACAUGGACUUGAUGCUCCUCACCCGUGGGCUCCCUCUUCUCCCACCCUGCUGAGGUGUCCCAGCUCAGCUGGAAGCCACUGUUCAAGGUGAUCACUGCUGAGACCCACAGCUCUAAUGCAACCCACAGCAUUGGUCUCAAAUUACUUAUCUUCAAGGUUUCCCUGUCUACUGACUGGGAAGUGGCAGCAGACUCCCAGCUGAUUUUCAAGGAAGCAGCACACAUGUACAGGGGCUCUCCUCUUUCUUCCUGCAAAAUUUGUGACAGCUGUUUCAUUACUGGCAAGCAGCACUCAAAUGAUGGUGAGGAAAGCUGUAGGCUUUGCUGCUGGGUUUUGUUACUGACAACACUGCCUCUAAGGGCACCUGUACAGGAGCAAAGAAGAAAAUCAAAGCCUGACUAAAAAGGAAAAUCCACUAGAGCUGCAAAGGUAAACUUGCAUGAAUAAAAUCAAGGGCUGUGAGCUGUCACUAUAGGCAUCAGAUGAGGCAAACUUUAUUCAGCUGAUUUCAGCUGGGUAUUUCUCAAGCUUGCAACUUGGACCAGUCCAGAUCCCCUUAAAAAUACACUUUUUUUUAAAGCUUUGCUUUAAUCGAGUAAUAGAAAUCUGGCUCAAAGUGACAUUUAAACGGUUGAACUAGGUGGCAGCUUUUUUAACAAGGGUGGAGAGCCCUUGGUGGCACACUCUUAGAGUAGAACUGUCUCGCCAGUGCAGCCUGCAGAAGCAGCAGCUGACUUCCCAGAAAAGGUCUUACUCCAUUCCAGUUUGUGACUGCUUAAUGUCAUCUACAUGCCUGAAAAAUUGUCUGGAUAUAUACACUCUGCUAGCACUUGUUGUCUUGUUAAAUGAAGUCUAAAUUUGCAUCUGGCUAGCACCCAUGUAGUGUGCCACUGGUUGAAUUAAAUAAAAGUAUUAUAGUAUAUUGCCAAGUUAAAAAAAUCCUUCUUUUGAAUUAACAGCAAAUUCUUUAUCUAGUCUUGUUCCAACAAUUUCUUCCUACAAAAAUGCAAGCAGAACAUGAGUUAGGGGCACUAUUUUAAUAUCCAAGGUCAAUGUUCUAUAUAUAUCCCACAGAAAUGAGCUGGUACUGUAUUUAUCUGAGAGGAUGGGGAAAAGUGUGCAUUCACUGGCUUAUCAAUGGUUUGUGUUUCACUCAGCCCUCUCAACACAGUACUGUCACUUCUGAAGAGCUGAAGAGUGUGUGUCAAGAGUUAAGGAGAGGAUUCUGUAAGCAGAUUCCCUUCAUUUUAAGAAAUCUAAGGGAGAAAAAUCUUUGCACACAUACUUGCUUAUAUCAGCUUGAUCUUUCUGCUUUGGCAGAAGUGCCCUUCCACUCUCUCUUCCACCAUCAUAAAAAAGAGUAAUGCUCCAGUACCACUAGAAAGAUACCCUCUAAUUUCAGAGCCUAUUUCUAGGACUCCAACUCAAACCUAUGCAGCCAGGACAGGAAUACACCACUUACACUAACACAGGAGGUCAACACGAAGCAGGAAGCCAUGAGGGCUUAGUCACUCCCUGAAGCAGCCAAGGCCUGAGGAUGUGCACCACAGCUGUCCUAAUGGAUCUACCCUUCCCGGCUCUACAGGAAGAAAUACAACUUUGGGGAAUCUGAAGUUUUUAUUUUUAUUUAUUUCUGUGUACUUUAAGUGGAACCUGGAAGGAACAGAAUGAAUAGGGUUGUAUAAAAUGCCUGGUUUAUACACCCCUGAAAGAGAAUUCUUCCCCACAACACAUAAAAGCUCCAGUAAG